UUAUGGAACAUUAUUCCCGUAACUGCACUUCCCUCUGCUUCUAGAUCAAGAGAGAAUGCGGCUUGUAAGCAGGAACUUGGUUAUAUAUAAUCUUAAAAUUCAACGCUCAGAUCUGUAGUGAGUUGCAUGUUACCGAUGAAAUCGACGAACAUGUAGAAGAAAAUCUAAAAAUACAUUAGAUGCUUCGAAUUGGUGAAAAAAAUAAAAUUUGAAAGAGAAUAACAUUCAUUUGAGAUAAAUGAGCUCAACUUCUGUUGACCGGCUGGAAAACAAAUUUUGCAUUAAUUGCCUGUAAAUCAGGGUUAAAGAUCUCGUAGAAAGCGAUCAGAUUUUGAACAUUGAUUUCUGUAAUUAGUGCCUCUGAAUCGGAUUGAAGUUUUUCAUCUAAAGCGACAGGACUUUUGCUUUGCGAAACUUGUAGAAGAAUUUCUGUAUUCAUUGGCUUUGAAUCAGGGUGAUUUUUUUAAAAAUAAAGCCGACCAGAGCAAAGCAAAAGUUCUGGAAGAAUUUCUGUAUUCGUUUGCUUUAAAUUAUGGUGAAAAUCUCCAUAUAAGGCGACCAGAAUUUCGCUUUGUGAAAGUUGUACAAGAAUUUGUGUAUUCAUUGGCUCUAAAUCAGGGUGAGAAAUCACAGAUAAAGUGACCAGAUUUUCGCUUUGCGAAGUUUUAGAAAAAUUUAUGUAUUCAUUGCCUCUAAAUCAGGGUAAAAACUCUCAGAUAAAGCGACCAGAUUUUCGCUUUGCAAAGCAAAGUUGAAGAAGGAAGGAGAAAAAGCGGGUGGAUGAUGGCAAUUUCAGUGGAUUUAGAAUGCGGAUCGUGGAGAGAAGAAGACAAUGCGUUGUCUAGAUCCUUCCGAAGCGGCGCGGGAGCGGCGGAGGACGAAGCAGCCCUAAAAUGGGCUGCUCUCGAAAAGCUGCCGACUUAUGACCGCUUGCGGAGCUCCAUUCUCCGCCAUGUCGCCUCCACCGGUGCCCUCCGAUAUCAGAAUGUUGAUGUUACCAGUCUCUCCAAUAAAACACGCGCCGAAUUUAUUCAGAGGCUCUUGCAGGACACUGAGGUUGACAACGAGCAGUUUUUGUUAAAGUUGAAGGAAAGAAUUACCAGGGUGGGGAUUGUGAUGCCCACGAUAGAAGUUCGGUUUCAGAACUUGAAUGUCACUGGGGAUGCAUAUGUUGGAAAGAGAGCUCUUCCCACGCUUGUCAAUUUCACCAUUAAUACGCUCCAGGGUAUUUUCAAUUAUCUGCACAUAUUUCAUUCAAAAAGGACAACUUUAAAUAUUCUUCAUGACGUGAGUGGCAUUAUUAAGCCUUCACGGAUGACACUUCUUCUUGGUCCACCUGGUGCUGGUAAGACUACGUUGCUAACAACUUUGGCUGGAGAACCUGACCGCAAUUGCAAAAUUACUGGAAACGUGACCUACAAUGGACACUCGUUGACAGAAUUCGUGCCACAACGAAGUUCUGUUUACAUUAGCCAGCAUGAUUUGCACUUUGCAGAAAUGACUGUAAGGGAAACCCUUGAUUUUUCUGGCCAGUGCCAAGGUGUUGGGUCAAGAUAUGAUCUACUGCAAGAACUUUCUAGACGUGAGAAGCAAGCAAACAUCAAACCAGAUCCAGAUGUUGACGUCUUUAUGAAGGAAACGGCAAUUGAAGGCCAGAAGACCAGCCUUGUCACAGACUAUGUGUUAAAGCUUCUGGGACUGGACAUCUGUGCUGAUAUAAUAGUAGGAGAUCAAAUGCACCGUGGAAUCUCUGGAGGUCAGAAGAAGAGAGUCACCACAGGGGAAAUGCUAGUCGCUCGUCCCAAAGCUCUGUUUAUGGAUGAAAUUUCAACAGGAUUGGACAGUGCUACAACAUACCAAAUUAUCAAGUGUUUGCGCCAACUUGUCCAUGUUCUUGAUGGGACAAUGUUGAUUUCUCUUCUGCAGCCUGCUCCUGAAACAUAUGAUCUAUUUGAUGACAUCAUCUUACUGUCUGAAGGAGAGAUUGUGUAUCAAGGACCUCGGGAACAUGUGCUUGACUUUUUCAAUUCCAUGGGUUUCAAAUGCCCCGACAGAAAAGGAGUAGCCGAUUUCUUGCAGGAAGUGACCUCAAGAAAGGACCAAGAGCAAUAUUGGACCCGUAGAAAUCAGCUGUAUCGCUACAUACCUGUCAAGGAAUUCGCAGAGGCCUUCCGCUCAUUUCAUGUUAGUAGGAGUCUUAUAGAAGAGUUAUCACAUCCAUAUGACAAAACAAAGAACCAUCCUGCUGCCCUUACAUCUUCCAAGUAUGGUGUUAGUAGAAUGAACAUGUUAAAAGCUUGCUACAAUAGAGAAAUGCUGCUUAUGAGGAGAAACUCUUUUGUUUACAUAUUCAAAACAGGACAGAUUGCAGUUGUAGCGGCAAUCACCACAACAAUAUUUUUGCGCACAGAAAUGCACCAACAGAACAUUACUGAUGGAAAUCUCUACAUGGGAGCUAUGUUCUUUGGUUUAAUCCAUAUGAUGUUUAAUGGUAUACCAGAAAUGGCAAUGACUGUUAUCCGACUUCCAGUUUUCUACAAGCAAAGAGACCAGCUAUUAUAUCCAGCUUGGGCUUAUUCAUUACCAAACUGGAUAGUGAAGAUCCCAUUUUCUCUGGUAGAAGCAGUGAUAUGGGUUAUCAUUACAUACUAUGCUAUUGGUUUUGCACCAGAAGCUGAUAGAUGCUUUAGGCAACUCUUUCUGUUCUUUUGGCUGCAUCAGAUGGGAUUGGGACUCUUCAAGUUCGUGGCGUCGUUGGGUCGAAACAUGAUCAUCUCACAAACUUUUGGAUCAUUUGCUAAUCUUGUCGUGUUUCUCCUUGGAGGAUUUAUAGUUUCCCGAGAUAAGGUACCCAGCUGGUGGAUUUGGGCAUAUUGGUGCAACCCAUUGUCUUACAGCCAAAAUGCCAUUGCUGUCAAUGAAUUUCUAGCUCCCAGAUGGAACAAACUAAGCAGUACUACCUCCAACAAGACAUUGGGACAUGAAAUAAUAGAAGCUCGUGGAUUAAUAGCUGAAGCUAAAUUUUAUUGGAUUGGUGUUGGAGCACUGACUGGAUUCUCUAUACUCUUUAAUAUUUUAUUUACCUUGGCUCUAGCAUACCUCAAUCCUUUGAGGAAAUCACAGGCUGUACUAUCAAAGGAUAUUAUUGAAGAGAAAAAUGCAAACAGAAUCGGACAAAGCAACUAUGGAGAACAACUUAAGUCUGUUGAUUUGACAUCUGUAAUUAAAUCUAGAGAACUUACUGAUAUUCAAGAUUCGAUACCUUGCAAGAAAGGAAUGAUCCUUCCUUUCCAGCCAUUGUCAAUUGCUUUCGAAAACAUCAACUACUAUGUUGACAUGCCACAGGAGAUGAAAAAUGAAGGUGUGGAUCAAGACAAGUUACAACUCCUUUCCAACAUAAGUGGGUCCUUCAGGCCAGGGAUGCUUACAGCCUUAGUUGGAGUUAGUGGAGCUGGGAAAACCACACUGAUGGAUGUCUUGGCGGGAAGAAAAACAGGAGGAUACAUAGAAGGAAAUAUUCGCAUUUCUGGGUACCCAAAAAAACAAGAAACAUUUGCCCGCAUCUCAGGAUACUGUGAACAAAAUGAUAUUCACUCUCCGAAUCUCACAAUCUAUGAAUCACUUGUUUACUCUGCAUGGCUUCGACUUCCACAAGAUGUUGAUAAGAGAACCAGAAUGAUGUUUGUACAAGAAGUGAUGGAACUUGUGGAGCUUACAUCACAGAGGAAUGCUCUGGUAGGACUUCCUGGACUAACAGGUCUUUCUACAGAACAAAGGAAAAGGCUUACCAUAGCAGUGGAACUUGUUGCUAAUCCAUCCAUAAUCUUCAUGGACGAGCCAACUUCGGGAUUGGAUGCUCGUGCUGCAGCUAUAGUCAUGCGUACUGUACGCAAUACAGUUGACACUGGUCGUACUGUUGUUUGUACUAUCCACCAACCUAGCAUUGAUAUCUUUGAAGCUUUUGAUGAGCUUCUGCUCAUGAAAAGAGGUGGCCAAGUGAUCUAUGCAGGGCCUUUGGGUCGGAAUUCUCAUAAACUCAUUGAAUAUUUUGAGGCUGUUGGAGGUGUUCCACCAAUUAAAGAUGGAUAUAAUCCAGCAACAUGGGUGCUGGAAGUAACCUCUACAUCUGUUGAGGAAAAUCUUGGGGUAGACUUCGCCAAUAUCUACAGACAAUCUUCACUCUAUGAAUUGAAUCAAACACUAAUUAAAGAACUAAGCACCCCUGCUCUAGACUCAAAGGAUCUAUAUUUUCAGACAAGGUAUGCCCGGUCCUUCACAGUUCAGUGCGUGGCAUGCUUAUGGAAGCAAUGUAUGUCAUACUGGCGAAAUCCACACUAUGUUGUUGUGAGGUUUUUCUUCAGCACAGUGGUUGCACUGAUAUUUGGGACCAUAUUUUGGGACCUCGGGAAAAAGAGAGGCAAUGAACAAGAUCUGUUUAAUGUUUUGGGAGCACUUUACAGUUCUGUUCUUUUCAUUGGAAUAACCAAUUCAUCCAGUGUGCAACCUGUGGUUGAUGUGGAACGGACCGUCUUCUAUAGAGAAAGAGCUGCUGCGAUGUAUUCAGAAUUCCCUUAUGCCUUUGGACAGGUGGCAAUUGAGUUUCCUUAUGUGCUUAUGCAGUCCGUGGUUUAUGCUCUCGUGAUCUAUUCCAUGAUUGCAUUUGAGUGGACCGCAGUCAAGUUUUUCUGGUUCCUCUUUUUCAUGUAUUUCACGUUUCUAUACUUCACCUUCUUUGGGAUGGUGACAGUUGCCGUUACUCCAAACUUCUCUGUUGCAGCAAUCAUUUCGUCUGCAUUUUAUUCUUUAUGGAACCUCUUUUGUGGCUUCCUCAUCCCUCGACCUAAAAUUCCUGUGUGGUGGAGAUGGUACUACUGGUUGACACCUAUUUCCUGGACACUCUAUGGUUUGGUUGCAUCCCAGUUGGGUGAUGUCGAUUCAGAGAUGGAGACAGCAGAUGGGAAGAUGACGGUGUCGGAGUUUAUAGCGAAUUAUUUUGGGUUCAGACAUGACUUUCUGGGAAUUACAGCAUUGGUGACUCUGUGCCUCCCUGUUUGCUUUGCCUCAUUGUUUGCAGUGGCCAUCAAAAAACUUAACUUUCAAAAAAGAUAGGCAUUCCAUACAAGCCUAUGCACUUGACAAUCAUCCAGUGUAUUAGAUUUUGGAAUUUGAUGGGACUGUCUCAUCCAACCAUAUGUGGGCAAAAUCAUAUGCUUCAAUGGAAGUCGUGAAAAAUUUGGCCGAGAGGCCACUAUAACUCAACUUUCUAGUUAUAUGUAACCAUUAUUUUAUUCUCAUACAAUAUUCAAUUUUGUUUACUCUUUCAAUUCUUUUUAUCUGUUAUUUCCACCCUUUUCUUUCUUUGUAACUGAAGUUCAGUUCGUCUUACAACAUUAAUUUUUUUAGCA